AUGGAAACAAAAAUGAAUGCUGAUCCAUGGGCAAAUCCGAGGUUCCAACUAUGGAGUGUAAGCAGUGAACCACCGCAAAACACACCAUUAGUAGAGUACGGGAAAGCAAACGAUAAGAGAUUCACCAUUAGAGUUGUACAUGGCGGGUUUUUUACAGACUAUCCAGGUAAGUCGUAUCAAACGACAAAAGUUAACUUUAUUUCAUAUGUCAACAUCGAUUUGCUGAACAUGGAGAUGCUUGGUCGUUUUUCGAAAAGCUUGGGGUAUACAACUAUGGGUAACUGGUAUCAUAUGCCAACCGAAGAAAACUGUGGGUUGUCAAUGAUUCCAAUUCUGAAUGAUGAUUGUUUGGGAACUUUCAAGAUGAUCGUUAGGUCACACCAAUUCCGAGAGAUUGAACAUCUAUAUGUUGAACAUAGGCCUGUAUUUGUUCCAACCAAUUUCCCCUACUUUUUGAUGAACUCACCAUCCAAAAGGGUUGAGAAGCUUAUUCAUCUGUUUGUAACAGAACACCCAAUGGCAACAGUUGAUGAUGGAAUAACAUACAUCAGGCAUAUGCUAAACAUGACCAUUCCAAGAGAAAAAAAUGGAAGAUGCAAUGGACAUGGCAAAGGAGAAUGUGAUAACAUGGACAAAUAUAGUGUAGGGGACCUAUGUUAUACUCCAUUUUGUGUUUAA